AUGGAGGACCAUCAGUCCGGAGGUGUUGAUCACCCAUCGUAUGUGCUCGGCAAAGUCACUGGCUGCGAAGCGCAAGUAUUGGGAAUGAUGGAUGAUGGUGGUACUAUCCACGAGCCACAUCGUGGGCUAGUCAAAGAACGGAAAGGCGAGGAGGACGAAGAGCAGGAGAGUCAAGGGCCGACGAGCACGCCUGAGAAACCAGGCGCGGUCCACACAACAGUCCAGGGCACCACACCUUUUGAGCACGAUGUACGACACAAGCAGGGCCAACAUCCGUGCACCAAAGUACAGCGUCAGAAAGAGCACGAAGAGCUUCUCUCCGCGGAGUGCCUUGGGCACGUUCACACCGAGACGGAAUCCAUUGCUGUGGUAGAGAUUGAGGCCCAGAAGAGUCGUAAUGCCUCCGACGCCAAUGAAGAGUGCAUGCAGGCAGUUCUCGAACGAUUCGGGAUCAGAGAGAUCGGGCAGAGUCCCCCACGCCGAGAAACUGCCCCCGCCAAAGGAGGACAGGAAGAGGAUGAGGGGAUUGGGCUCGUUGCUGGGGGUGCCACUGGGAUUAGAAGUGAUACGCAGGAAUCAAAUAGCUCACUAAACAUUGGAUGCAGUAGCGAUCAGAAGGCUGGAGACGCCGAGGGCCAAAAUGAUGAGGUGCACCUCGAGAGACCUGGGAUAGAGGUGGACGAUGCAGGCUGGAAUGUAGGCGGGGGCGGUCGCAGCUACCCCGAUUCUGAGGCUCUCGAGAAGUGUGCGGCUGGGAAGCUCGAGCAUUGUGGAUUCCUCGAGAUGGGAGGCGGUGGUUGUGACGAAGAAGGAGGCGGUGGUUGUGACGAAGAAGGAGAGGAAGAAAGAGGAAGAGGUGGGGUGAGGUGUGUGCUUUGCCAGAGGUGGGACUGCGCGCUCCGCGGUCAGUCCAACCGUUCGAUCUUACCCAUGCGCCCUCUCCAAAGACCAUAG